AUGACCAUGACCCUAGACGCCUCUCAACAGCAGCGCUUUGCGCCUCCGUUGAACUUCGACUACCCUCACCAUGGGCCACCACCGACAUUUUCGAAUCCGUGGUCAUCAUCAACAGCUCCUCCACAAUCAGCACCUGCCCCUGGAAAUCCUUUGUUUGUUGGCAGCCAACAUCAACCCGGAAUGAACAUGAUGCCCGGCAAGGGGCCCGCAGGGAGAGCCAGCACCAGCAGUGCAUCAUCAAUGGCAUCAUAUGGAUCAUUACCCGUCGCCACCACGGGUGCAGACCUAUUGACUUUGAACCGUAUGCAGACUACAUCUGCUGCCUAUGGUGAUACCACCUAUGCUACUUCUGCUUCUCCGGUUAACGGCCACUUUGUGCCGGGAUCUACUGCUCCUUAUGAUGCUAUUGGUUAUGCGCCGGCCCCUAUACGACAGUCUGCUUUUAGUAUCAACCAUGAGGCAGACUCAGCGAGACGAGGAUUUCCUCAGCCGAUGCCUUCUCAAGCCGAUGAGCGAAGGAGCUUUGCUGAUGCUCUGGACGCAAGCCAUGGCAUGCUUGCCAUGAGCCAAGAUACUCCCCGUAAUAUCUACGGUGCGCGAAAUGACCGCACUUCUGUGGAUUCUUAUGGGUUCCCUUCUACGCAUUCUACAAGCUCCUCAAUUUCCUCAAGUGGGAACUUCAGCUCAUACUAUGGUGACUCGGUAUCAGACUACUCUUCAGCUGCUGGCUCCGAUAUUGAAUCCGCCAACUCGCGGACAUUGCCUCGUCCCCAAGGCCUCAUUGGCUCGCAAAUCCCCCCUGCGCCUCAAUCCAUGAUGGGCCAGUUCAGCUCAAAAGUUUCUUCAAGCACGCAGAAGAAGCACAAGUGCAAGGUUUGCGACAAGAGGUUCACUCGACCGAGCUCACUGCAGACACAUAUGUACAGUCAUACCGGCGAGAAGCCUUUCGCUUGCGAGGUUGAAGGGUGUGGGCGACAUUUUUCAGUCGUUUCCAAUCUACGACGACAUCGAAAAGUCCAUCGGGGCGACGCUCGCUCGGAAGCUGGGUCUGAAGACCAUCAAUCGGACUAG